CCGCUAAAUACGCCCUCCCGUCAACACAAUAUUUUUUGGGGGGGUGUGCCCUCUCUGAUGAGAAACUAACUAGAUAGCCAAGUAGUUCUUUGUGCUGAGGAUUCGGAAUCGCCAUGAAGUACGCAUUGCCCAGGACCUCCACAUCCGACUUCUUCACCUCCAGGAUCGUCUGAGACCAGCCACCCGGACAGCUGAUGAAACUGUGGGUUUGCACAACCAAAUAAUUUCUGCACAGACUGUCAGAAACCGUCUCUGGGAAGCUUAUCUGCGUGCUUGUCGUCCUCACCAAGGUCUUGACCUGACUGCAGUUCGCCAUCCUAACUGACUUCAAUGGGCAAAUGCUCACCUUUUGAUGGCCACUGGCAUGCUGGAGAAGUGGGCUCUAAAUGGAUUAAUCCCAGUUUCAACUCUACCGGGCAGAUGACAGAUAGCGUGUAUGGGGUCAUGUGGUUCUCGACAGUAGCUGUGACUGCUGGGGUGUUAUUGCUGUCCACUGUGGGCAUAAUUAUAGCCCUCUAUCUAGGCAAGAAGAAAAAGCCUCCAGUCACCUUGCUUGACCCUACCCAGAAAUACCAGCUAAUGCUCAUCGAUAAAGAGGUGAUCAGCCAUGAUACUCGCAGGUUCCGCUUUCGGCUUCCCUCAGCAGAACAUAUCCUGGGGCUGCCCGUAGGGAAGCAUGUAUACCUCUCUGCCCGUAUUGACGGCAGCUUGGUAGUCAGACCAUACACACCUGUGUCCAGCGACGACGACAAAGGAUAUGUUGACUUGGUUGUGAAGAUCUACUUCAGUAAUGUGCACCUCAAGUUUCCUGAUGGAGGCAAGAUGUCCCAGUACCUGGAGAGUCUGCACCUGGGAGAUGUUGUGGACUUCAGAGGACCAGGAGGACUGCUGGAGUACAGAGGGCAUGGGCAGUUUGCAGUUCAGACAGACAAGAAGUCUUCUGCGGAGAUAAAAGUUGCCAGUACUGUGGGUCUGAUAGCUGGAGGAACAGGCAUCACCCCUAUGCUACAGCUGGUGCGUGCUAUCAUGAAGGACCCCAGUGACAGGACCACCUGCAGCCUGCUGUAUGCCAACCAGACUGAGAAGGAUAUCCUGCUGAGGGAUGAGCUGGAGGAGGUCCAGGCCAGACACCCAGACCGCUUCAAGCUGUGGUUUACAGUGGACAGGGCACCCGAGUGCUGGGAGUACAGUGAGGGCUUCAUCAAUGUGGAUAUGAUCCAGGAGCACCUGCCCACCCCCAGUGAGGACACCUUGGUGCUCAUGUGCGGUCCACCCCCCAUGAUCCAGUUUGCUUGCAACCCCAACCUGGACAAGUUGGGCUAUUGGCAGAGUCAGCGCUUCGCCUACUAGUCACCAGCCUAGGAACUAUCCUACCAGCCACCCCCAUCAUGGGCCUUCUCAAUGCAACAAUGACAUCAAUUCAGUGCUUGAUUGGGCUGGAACUACUGCUUGAGUACCGGCGUCUCUUAUAGAUUAUUGGCUAAAAGUUCGCUGAGUUCCAGCACCUAAAUAUAUACAGUACUGGCACCCAAAAUAAGUAUGUGUACCAUUUUCAGUCUGCUUAAAGCACUGCAUCAAUCUACUGCCAAAAGCCCCAUAUGGUAAGUGCAGACAGGUUGAGCAUUAAAUGCUCACUUGGAACCAAAGUCCUACCUUUGUAUUAUUAGCUGAUAUCUACAAUUGUAUUUUUAGGUGAGGUUUUAAAGCUUUGAUUUAUUAUUGAUGUUCUUAGCCUUGAGCAGUCCUAAAAACAGGACAGAGCAAAUAUAACUUAAAGAUAAAGCUGCAUACUGAACUGAAUUAUGCCCAGGGAUGCAGUGCUGAAUAUAAGGAGGCUGCCCAGGCAGCUUUGCUUCAAAUGCGCACACAACAAAUGGUAUGCACUUAAAUAUUACAGCUUCUGUAGAUAUGUGUUCUACUGUAUUUUGGCACGUGGGGCUUUUUGAUGUGGGAUCUGACUGCAUUUCUUAUUGUAUUUCUGUGAGAUUGUGUGAGCAUAAUUAUUCAAGGUUCUUUUGUUUUAUAUAUAAUUUCAGAGUUUAAUCUGCAAUGCACUACAGUCUUUGAAAAAAUGGAUUGUGUUUAUGAAGAGAAAAGACAAUAAAAUUUCUGCCACCACUUCAAA